AUCCCACCUCUCCAAAAAAUGUCAGUCAAAUCCAUCACGAACUUUUGGAGUAAUCCUGCUAAGACAAACAAACUAACCAACAAACCAACACCGGUGAAAACAUAACCGCCUUCCUAGGCCUUCGGUCCUGGCAGAGGUAAUAAUGUACAAAUCCAAAAUAUAUACAAUACCAAAAUCAGGUUAACAGUAUGGAUCAUAAAAUAUUAUCAGGUUAAUGGUAGCAAUCAGUCUAGGUGGGAUUGCAUAUAGACAUGUAUGUAGAAUAUCAAAUGAGAAGUGUAGGUAGUCUAAGAGUACAUGGCUAAUGCAGAAUGUUCAUGAUUAUUUUCUAUGAUAUUAUGAGAAUGACUUCUCUCUUUACAGAAUCAUUCCUCUAAAAAGUAUAAAUAAAAAUAAUCAGCUUUAUGCAUUUCUAAAGGCACAUGACUGGUAAACCCCAAUAAAACACUGAAAGUGAGUACUGCUUUUAUUUUCUUGAAUACAGAAGGAAGCUUCACUCAAACAGCUGAGUUGCAAAACUUCUUGAGCAGCGCUUGUUUUACUAGUUUCAUUUACAACUAAACAGAAACCUAAAAAGGAGCUGCGCAUGCGCUCACACAAACACAGAGAUCAGAUACCCGACGGCAGCAGACUAACCGCUGCAGACUAAUGCAGGAUGAUGAAGAUGUCAGGAAGAGUCACCAGUUGCUGUGUAGCUCUGCUCUUUGUGCUGAACUCUGUGUCGGCUGUACAGAAAAAGCUCGAUUCAAUCAACGACUUGAAGAAAAUCAACUUUGGCCAAUCUGUGCCCAAGCACAGUCUACUGCUGCUCCACUGGUUUGCCAACACAGUUGACAUCGAUGACAAUAACAAUAUCAUACGGCUGACCUUUGACCCAAACAGUGGAGAUUAUGGCUCACAUUAUUAUCACAACUCUGAGGGGCUGUUGGUCCCACUGCAUCGGGGAAGUGGAUACCGAUACUACACUAUUGGCAAUCUACAUCAAGAAACGUCCAUGCAACUUCCUCCUUAUGUUGUCCUUCCCCAAAGGGAGUAUGAGGGAACAAACAGGGACAGGAUCAUAAUUCGUGUUGGAGAACAAAACACUGGGGGGCAAGCUUUGCCGAGGAUAGACCAAGUUUAUAUCACACAACAUUAUGACACUUCCGAAAAUCAGGGGACACCUUAUGAUCCAGAUCAUACCUACAGGAUCACUACUAACCUCCUGAGACAGAUCAGAGAGUUUUCUGUGGGACAAAACCAACAGCAACUGUUGCAACUCAGAAACCGCUUUGGAAGUAACGCUGAUGAGUUCAACAUCAGAAACACAUGGGGUAACCUUGCUUGCCUUGGACUGCUGUUGUUUAUUGUGAUCCAGGAAAAGUACUCCUCUAGCCAACAAAACAGACCACAAAACAACUACACACCACAAACCCAACCACAAAACAACUACACACCACAAACCCAACCACAAAACAACUAUACACCACAAAACAGACCACAAAACAAAAGAUCACAAAACAACAGACCAGAAAACAGAAGAACUCAUUGGGCUAAUGAUGCUUCGAGGAGAGAGAGCAAUCUUCCUAGAUCUUUUCGAAACCAAGGUUAUGUUGUAGUGGAUAUAAACGACGAUGAGGACCACGAACCCAGCAGGAGGACUGGGAACAGACAAUCAGGCCGUAACAAUGCCUCAGUGCCUCUGAACAACGACCAGGAGUCAUUUUGUUGUAUUUGGUGGAUUUGUUGCUUUUCCUCGAUAUUGUUAAUUGCAUUGUGUGUUAUAUUAUUUUAUUUGUAUAAAGACCAGUUAACAUGAGAUAAAACUGUAUUUAUCCCGAGGGAAACUGCUGUGCAGUUGAUGCAAUACAAAGUGGGAAGAGUACAAAUAUUAAAGUCUAAGAUAGCAAUAACAAUAAAGUACAAAUCCAAAAUAUAUACAAUACCAAAAUCAAGUUAACAGUAUGGAUCAUAAAAUAUAAGCAGGUUAAUGGUAGUAAUCAGUCUAGGUUGGGUUGCAUAUAGACAUGUAUGUAGAAUAUCAAAUGUGAAGUGUAGGUAGUCUAAGAGUACAUGGCUAAUGCAGAAUGUUCAUGAUUAUGUCCAUGAUAUUGUACUUUAUGUCCCCUUACGUCCCAUGAGUAAGUUGUGAGGAGUUUGGACCUCUAUAGCUCUAUUUAUUAAAUUGUACUUUGUUAAUAACAGCAGGAAUUCUCCUUCAUUAUAAAAAUAACUGAGCAAAAUGUAUUUUAUUGACUGAUAAUUCAUCCUGUGUCUGAUGGAGAUGAAGAGAAUGUAAAUUGCACUGAUGGAUAAAUAAAACAGACAAAUGAAUGAAAUUA